AUGUUUACGUUUACGCUUCUCACGCCAUCUGCUUCGGACUUUUCGUUCCGGGCAGCUCUCUUGUCCUUUGACAAUGAGUUCCGGGUGCUAGCAGAUCCAUCGUGGAAUGGGAAAGAUGUGAAUUCUGUUAUGUUCAUGGAGCAGCAUUUGCGGAACACAAAUAUCAUUUUGCUAUCGCAUUCGACCCCUGAGUUCAUAAGUGGUUAUGUGUUGAUGUGUUUGAAGUUUCCAAAUCUUAUGGCAAAUAUCCAGGUGUAUUCUACCUUACCUGUAAACCAACUAGGCAGAUUGUCUACUGUAGAGUUCUAUCGAGCCAAUGGGAUGUUAGGUCCACUUAAUACUGCGCUUCUUGAGCUAGACGAAGUCGACGAAUGGUUUGACAAAAUUUCGUUAUUGAAGUAUCUCCAGAUCCUCAACGUGUUUGACAACAAGGUUGUCAUCACUCCAUACAAUGCUGGCCAUACAUUAGGAGGUACGUUCUGGCUCAUCACCAAACGGUCGGAUAGAGUGAUUUACGCUCCAGCUUGGAACCAUUCCAAGGACUCCUUCCUUAAUGGAGCAUCAUUCUUGUCAUCAUCGAGUGGAAAUCCACUCUCACAAUUGCUUCGUCCUACUGCUUUCAUUACUAGUACAGAUAUGGGUUCUGUCAUGUCUCACAAGAAGAGAACUGAAAAGUUCUUACAAUUAGUGGAUGCCACUUUAGCCAAUGGUGGAGCUGCUGUAAUCCCUACAUCGCUUUCUGGACGAUUCCUUGAGCUUUUCCAUCUCAUUGAUGAACACUUGCAAGGAGCACCUAUACCGGUGUACUUCUUAUCUUACUCCGGUACAAAGGUGUUGAGCUAUGCAUCAAAUCUAAUCGAUUGGAUGUCAUCCAGUGUACAAUCUCAAUGGGAAGAGGCAGAAAGCUCAACUAACUACAAGAACCUUCCAUUUGAUCCGUCGAAGGUGGAUCUCUUGUUGUCUCCAGAAGAGUUAAUCCAAUUGAGUGGACCAAAGAUUGUAUUUUGUUCAGGUAUAGAUUUGCGUAACGGUGAGUUGUCCGCAGAAGCGUUCCAGUACUUGUGUCAGGAUGAAAAAAGUACAAUUCUUUUGACGGAAAAGUCUCUUUUCGGUGUAGACGAGACCUUAAAUACCGUUUUGUACAAGGAGUGGCAUUCUUUAACGAAACAGAAAUUGGGAGGAAAAGUAGAAGACGGAGUAGCAGUGCCUUUGGAACGUGUAUUCUCCAUUGACGACUGGACUCGUGAAGAAAAUUUGCUGGGAACAGCACUAACGGAUUUCCAAGAGAGAAUAGCUGUUCGCAGAAAGGAAAAGUUGCUUGCCAAAGUGAGAGACAGAAAGAAUCAGAAUUUGUUGAAUUCUGACUUGGUAGGUGAAGAAGACUCUUCAGAAGACGAAGAUGGCAAUUCAUCAGACGAAGAAACAAAGGUUUCGGAAACAACUGAAACUACCACUGUAGUUGCUUCGACCGUUGCUUCUGGCCCGAGUGUAGCCGAUGAGCUUGCAGCACAUGAAGCCUUUAUAACCGAUCAUAUAAAACAAAGUUUGGAAGAGAAUAGGCCACUUGAUUUGAAAAUUACAUACAAGUUGAAACCUAGACAAGCUAUGUUUCCUUAUUUCAUAAACACCCACAAGCAGAAGUUUGAUGACUACGGUGAAGUCAUUGACGUCAAGGACUUCCAAAAGACGGACGAAGUAAACAACAACAAGAUUAUUUUGGAAGGAAAGAAGAAAUUUGAACAGAACGACAGAAGAAAGUAUAAUGGAAAGAAAUCCCAAAGACAUCAGAUCAGUAAAUUGACUCCUCAAGAAUUGUUGAAUAACCAGUUGUUGGAAAAGUAUCUCGACACAUUGUUUGCGCCUAGAAGGAGAGUGCCGCUUGGGGCAGCAUCUACCUACUCUAAUACCAAUCAACAAUUGAAGGUAAGAUGUGGGUUGUCAUUUGUAGACCUAUCUGGAUUGGUAGAUAUUCGUUCCUUAGGUGUAAUUGUUUCGUCGUUGAAGCCUAGCAACCUCUUGUUGUUGCCUGAUUUUACUACGGACGAGCUGAACAAUGCCGAGUACAAUGGAUUGAUAGGAGUGCAAUCAUUUUUCAGUAGUCAGCAAGAAGAUCAGAAGCAGGAAGAUACCAAGAAGAACGUCUACAACUCUUCGAGGUACAUGUCGUUGUCGAGCAUUAGAAGUGGACUUUCAGGGUUUGUCUCAUAUGGCGCUGGGAAUAAAAUGAAUAUUUUGGUAGUGAAUAGCAAAGAGACAAUAAAGAUCGGUACAGAUAGUGAUGCUGGAGGAAUAUCACUCAGUAACUUCGAAGUUAAUUUAGAUGACAAUAUCAUCGAAGACUUGAAGUGGCAGAGUAUCGAUGGCAAUUACCGUGUGGCUCAAUUGUACGGUGAGCUAGAAAUCCAUAACCAGGACUUGCUGAAGAAGAGACACAGAGAAGUUGGUGACUAUAUCAACUCGUCUACACUCUUUACGUUGAAGAAAGUUAAGAAGGAAGACUUUAUCAGAAGACAGGCUGCAGUUGCUGAAGAUGUCAAAAACUCCCUUCUAUUGUCGUCUGGUCCCAAAUUGGCUAUUGGUAACAUUGCUCUACCCGACUUGAAAAAGAAGUUGGUGAGCAAGAAUUUGAAUGCCGAGUUUAAAAGUGAAGGUACACUUGUAGUCAACGACAAGUUGGCUAUCCGGAAGGUUGCGUAUGGUGCUGUUGAUACAGACGAUACUGGUGACAUAGUCAUUGAAGGCAACGUGGGUCCGCUUUACUAUGUAGUCAAGGAUUGCAUCCGUGAGAUGUUGGCAUAUGUAUAGAUUUAUAACAUUAGACAUGUACUAUUAGAGUCUGUUUU